GGUUCCGGCAAGCCAAGCCGAAGCCUGGAAGACAUUUUGUUCGUUCUGAAGGUUCGGCGUUGCUGUUUGCACGCAGUUUCUCUCACCCACCGCUCGUUUGCGAACAAGAAGUUGUGGGCUCCCCACAACCGUCUGUUGCCCGGACAGCCGCUCGGCUUCAAAUCAUCGAGGUUCCCCGCAUAUUUGAGUGGUUACCACCAUCAAAAUGGCUGGGCUUAAAAAGAUCAUCCUCAAGAAUUCUACUCAGAUGUCUUUGCAUGAACGCUUCACGUACCUGCGACAACCAUCACGUCAAGAGGGAACUGUUCAAACGGUGCGGGCCAACCUUGCUCUUCAGCAACAGGCAUCUGCACGGAACAGAAGACUUGCAGCUCAGAUGGAACGUCGCCCUGCAGUAAUGGCAGCCCUGAAGAUAAAGCAGAAAACCCUUCGUCAACGCCUUGGAGAUGGGCUCCGUCCGCGCAUUGGAGAUAGCCUGCGCCAACGCAUUGGUGUUGGGAGACUUAGUCUCAGUGACCGGCUAUCAGCCAGGCCCAUAGGGCACAUGCGCUCACAAUCAGUACCCCGCUCACCAAGAGCUCGCCUGAGUGUUGGUAUUCGAGGCAGAUUGUAUCGACCUCAAGCCCAAUUUCAACCUGCUCGUCAAAUGAGAGCACCGUCAGUUGGUCGCCAGCGUGGUACACUUUCUCGAAGUGCCAGCAUAAGCAAUUUAAGUCGGAGCCAGAGUACUGGUAAUCUGAAUACAGCUGGUCGUUUCCAAAACCAAAUCCAGAAUCGUACGUAUCAGAACACAAAUCGGUUCAAUGUGAGUCGGGGAAAUCAAUACAGGCCACAAAGAGGUAUGAGGGUGACAGGGGGCAGAGGUUUCAAUGUUCAGCGGCCCUUCAGAGGAGCCCGGGGUCAAGUACAAGGACAACAACGCAGAGGCCAAUUUAACAACUACCAGCAGCAACGAGGCGGACGUGGAAAUUACAGGCAGGGGAACCAGUCUACGCGAGGAGUCCAGGGCAUGCGAGGCCAGGGACGUGGGCGCGGCAGAGGCCAAGGGCGCGGACGGGGCCGUGGCCGUGGGGCUGCUCCCCCCAGCCGAGAGGAACUCGACAAGCAGUUGGAUCUCUACAUGGCAGGCACCAAGUCAACGCUGGAUAAGGAACUUGACAGUUACAUGAAUCAAGGGCAGUGAAUGCAAGCUGACUGAACUUACCACUUAAAAUAUGAUGUGUUGAGGGAGAGUUUUGUUUUACUAUUUUCUGACUUAUUGUAUCUUUUGAUGUUCUAAUUUAUUCACUGGAAGGAACUGCUGCUUAGGCUCUUCCAGUUUUAUCUGACUCCCUCUUAGUAUCUUAACUGUUGCCUGUCCUGUGUGUUAUAAUUAUUGGUUACCUUCAUUACUUGAAGUAAUGAGCUGAAACUAGAGCAGUUCUAAUAGUAACAUAAAUCAACUUGAAUUUACGGAAACUAAUGUAAUUGUAAUAUAUGUGACAUAAAUUUGUAUAUAGCUAUAAUUAACCUUACACUCUUGGUGUGAAUGUAGACUAAGUACAUUAUACUAGAAGCCAAAGUGAAAAUUCUGUUAAUUACUUCUAACCUUUGAACUCAUGGACUGUCUGAGUGUGAAAUCAAUGUUUUGUUGUGAACUGUCCUCAAUAGCAUUGCUAGUUGUCAACUUUGAGGCAGACUGAGAAGAUUGUCUCUCUCUCUCGCUUUUACUUUUAAUGUUUUUUUGUACUAUGCAGUGUUAGGAAAGCAAUAUGUUAUUGUGAAGAAUAGAGUGGAAUAAAUGUUCAAAAACAAA